CACCGGUGACGUGCGCGCAGGGAAGCACCCAGCAGUAUGUGCGCGCCCACGGGAGGGGCCGAUAGAAAAUGGCGAGUCUGUGCAAAAGGCAGCAAUGCACGGUAGAGAGGCGCGGCUUUCGGCAGGAACUUGACUCUUGGAGGCACAAACUCAUUCACUGUGUAGGCUUUGAAAGCAUCUUGGAAGGCUUGUUUGGGCCAGGACUAGUCAAAGAUAUCACCCUUUUCCAAGACUGCGAGCCCGAGGAAGUGUCAGACUGGUCCUUCGAUGAAAACUGUCUCUUCUGCUGCUUAAGACGUGAGAGAGUCAAGGAGCACAGCGUAGAGAAGGGUGGAGGCAGCCAGGUGCUGUCGGAGUGUGAAGACUUCAAACAGGAGCAGUCUCGGAUCAGCCGGCUGGAGAGACAGGCCCAAGACUUCCUCAAUGCUGUGUUCCACAGAAAAGACCUCCCAAGUUUCUCAGAACCUCACAUUCCUCUAGUGGCUCGUGAGAUCAUGCAGCGAAUGAUCCGCCAGUUCGCUGCCGAAUAUACCUCAAAAACUACUCAGGACGACUCGCCCCUGCCCAACGGCACCAUGAAGGACCAAAGCCUGCCGAGAGCGGCGUCUCUGGCCCCGGCCCCAUGCUCCCCGCCUGGGCCCCUGCCCGCGCCGAGCUCCCCUCAAUCGUCUGCCUCCUCCUCCCCAUCCCCGACCCCGGGGCCUGGCCUCAGCCCCACCUCUGCCGCUGCUGCUGCCUCAGCACCCGCCUGCACCCAGAGCAGCAACGGUAUGGGAGCCAGUAACAGUGGAGGAGGAGGUACGGCUGCUGCCUCUGCACAGAAUCCCGUCCUCAGCAAGCUUCUCAUGGCCGACCAGGACGGCCCGCUGGACCUCUCUGUCAAAAAGAACGAGGUCGACCCAGAGCCCAGCCAGCAGGAUGGCGUCCUGGACCUCUCCACCAAGAAGAACCACAGCGCAGGCAACCUCAAAACCUUCCCCAGCUUCUCCCCUGAGCGCGGGGUCAAAGGACAUUCUAUCAAAGUGGAACAUACCCUACCAGAGGUGGAUGAGGAUGGCCUGCUGCAGAGAAGCUUGCAGGACGGACUGAGGGAGAACUACGUCAACUCCAACUCCUUCAAGCCCCCAUUGGCCCGCUCGCUGCGUAUCAAGGAAGAGCUGCUCAGCCAGAAGCACCGCCUCCUGAGUCAACCUGCUGCUCUUUCAUUGGCUAAUCUAGAGUCAGCCGGCUUGCUCAAUCAUGCGCAGUCCUACUCCUUGCUUGGCCAGAAGGGCUCUUCCUCUUUCUGGGGAAGCAAGGCACACCUCGAAAGCCUGAUGAAGCUGAAGCAGGCCAGUGGAGCUCUGAGCGGGGCCCUUAGUGACCUCAAAGACCUGCCUACAUUCCUGGAGAAUCAUCACCACAACCACCACGGAGCCUUCCCCUUCAAAAGUUCCCUCCAUCACCACCACAAUCAGGUCUCCAAGGCCCAACACCACCACAAUGAGGGCAAGAGGGACCAGGGCCACUCACCUCCCGUCGACCUUAAGAUCCCACAAGUCCGGGGCAUGGAUCUCUCCUGGGACUCCCAUGCCUCUGAGCUGUAUGGCUAUGGUGCCAUGGGGGUUGGGGGUGGUGGCCAUGGGGAGAACACCCUGAGCCGGAAGCUGAGAGCCAUCCUGCCCAAGCAGAACCGCCGGGGAGGAAGCCUCGGAAGCCUGCUGGAUGGGGCGGCUGACUACUGGAGCUCUGACUUGGACCACUCCAGUUCCGGACCAGCGUACUCCACCUCCGACGUGGAAGGGGACCCGAACUCCAAGCAGCCGAGGAAGAAGAGGGGCCGUUAUCGCCAGUACAACAGCGAGAUCCUGGAGGAGGCCAUAGCAGUAGUGAUGAGCGGGAAGAUGAGCGUGUCCAAGGCUCAGAACAUGUACGGGAUCCCGCAUAGCACCCUGGAGUACAAGGUCAAGGAGCGCAUGGGAACCCUGAAGAACCCCCCAAAGAAGAAGCUCAAGCUGAUGAUGAAGAUGGAAGCAGGAGGUCAGGAUUUUCCUCUUGCAGAGUCAGAGAACACGCCCACCGCAACCCCACGAGACGACGGCCCGCCGCUGGCAGCUGCUGAGCUCAAGGACAAUGUAAAAGAAGAGAUUGAUGACAAUUUCAAACCAAUCGACUAAACGACUUACACAUGUAAACCUCAGUCAAAUGACUAAAGUAAUUUGAAAACGGAUGGGGCUUUAUUUGUGCCAAUUUACUUUGCAGUAUCUGGGUGAGCACAAACGCAGGGAUAACAUGAGGAGGAUUCUUAAAACAAACUGGAGAUAAACAACUAAUCGGAUGGUUUUUAACAAACGUCGUUUUAACGAUGCUGUAUAAGCAUUUGUUUAGCUUUUAUACCCAGGGGCUUAACAAAUGCAGCUAAAGACAUUAGUUAAAUGACAAUUGAUGAAAUUUCCAUAAGCAUGCUGAUAAUCCCCAGCCCAAAAACCCAACCCCCCUCUUUUAUGAACUUGAUACACUGAACCAUUGCUGCUUAUAAAUGCAGCUUGGGCUUUGGACCAAUCCAAUUUGGGGGGGAAAUGAGGGGAAGGUUGAAAAUUAACUCCUUAAAAAACUGACAAAUUAGUCCCUUUACUGCUCCCCUCUCUCAUGGAAUACUAGCUGAAAAUUGGUAAGUGAACUGUCUAUUAUAUUUGAAGGCAACUGUAAGGUUUAAUCAUACCAUUGAUAUUCCUCACCAGGGUUCUGAAUCAAAACCCAUUCUCUUAUUGCCAGGUAGCCAUGACGCUUUAACUGCAAACCUUUUCUUUCCUCCUUAAGAUAUUCUGCUAAUCUCUGUGCGGACAAAAGCAACAUUAACCCGUCCUUUUUGAAUGAGAAAAGACACACAAAAGUCAUUCAGGGAUGCAUGUUUGUGAGUUUCGUGGACACUACUGACUUCUAUAAUCGACUUCUUUUCCUCUAUCUUUAUCUUUUCAUUUGAUUUGUUUUGCUUUCUUUUGCACUACACUUUGGGUCUGGCGCUUACAGACCAGGUUACCUCGGCAUUGUUGCCCUUGCAUCAUGCACUUAUUAUGGUCUGUCUCUGAAGCCCAGUCGCAACCUCGUAAUGGGUCAGAGGUGCACAUCGCCUGCGUACGCUGAUCCAUAAUCAGAUACCAGGAAGCUCUAAAACCCUCUUUUUUUUGCCAAGAGACAAGUUGAGGGGUAAUAUGAUUAUGGAUCAGCUGUUUUUAAGGCGGAAUGCUACCUCAUGGACCACCAACAGUGUCUCACUGCUGAUCCUAGAAAGCUGGAGCCACUUUCAGGUUGCCCUCCAAAUGGUGACCGAAGUGAGCUCAUCCCAUCCAUGGAGAUCUUAUUGGAUGAAAGCCUUUUAGGAUCAGAAUGUGAAACUCUGCUGCUAUCCAGUUGAUUAUCUAGCUCCUAUACAAGGCUUUAGCUAGCCUAAGCUAAUAAGUUUUAGCUAGUCUGGGCUAACAACAACACAUUGCUGAUGUUUUUUUUUUUUCUUUUCUAAUCAAACUAAGCAGAAGCGGCUUAGAUGACGAGUUAUAAAAGAAAUUCUUCUCCCUCAAACCUCAGACAGUUUUAACGGCAGUUUACUACAACAAUGUGCAUUUAUAGAGGGGGUGUUCAUUUUGGGAUGGUGGGUGGGCAAUAUGCAGUGGGGAGGGGUAGUUGAUAGAAGCGAGGGAAAAGCAGAUUUAAUAUAUUAUAAAUUAUUAUGACUGAUGAUGUAAAAGCCAAUCCGUGAUUCUGGAUGAUUUCUUUUUUCCUCAUUUUUAACUCAGGGUAACUGAGACAGAUGAUGUGGGUUUCAAAUAUGGUCAUUUCCUGUUGGACCUAUAGUAGACAGACAGGAGGACAAGACACGCCUCUCACUAAUGCUUUGUCUGCCAGAGGGGCCAUGUAAGUAAAUAUGGCGGCGCCAUAGCAGAUAGACCUGCAACUGAAUCAUGACAAAGAACAGCAAACACGGACGCCGGGUUUAGGGAUCGAACUUAUGGCGCUAAACUUCUAAGAUAGCACUUUUCAAAAGUAAGCGAAAACACAAGAGAGAAAGAAAGCUGUUUGAGGUUAUGCACGUAGUGUAGCUCUUCUCUGGGGGAUAUGGAGCAGAGAGCGACCAGGAGGGCAGAGACAUGGAAGAAAAAAGCUUUAGUGUGUGAAGACUUUCAGAAAGCUGCAGCUUGGACCCAAACUACUCUUUUUUUUCCUCUCGAUUACCUCCACGAUUUAAAAACAAAAAAAUAAAAAAAGGAGAAAAAAUGGUCGACAGCUUGAACAAGUUGAGUUUUGUGUAGUGUCGUCUCGUUGUUUUCCCUACCCUCGCCGCUGAAGCACCAGGGAUAGAAAAACUAUCAUCAUGUUUUACCAUGUGGGGAAAGAAUAUCCCUCAGAGGACACAGGUGGAUAGAAAAAAAUAUGCUCUUUUGGUAUUUUCCAUCAGGAAAAGAUUGAAGGAGAUGACAAAAGCUUUUUGGUCGUCAUGUUUGUGUGCUCUGUGUUAAAUGUUGCUCUACGCUCCUAACACUGCCUGGUGCUCACCCAGUCUGUGAGAUUUUUAACAUGAGAAUUGUACCUCUCUGUUUGGAUGAAAUGAUGAUGAUUCACUCCUUUUGAAAUGUAUUGUACAUUUUAUUUAUUUGAUUUUUUUUCCUUUGAUUAUUCUCUUAAAAAUGGCAUGCACCAGUUUUUUUUUUGGCUGAUUUUGGGGUCGGGCCAACUGAAUAUAUUGUGUUGAGAGGAUUUCACCAAAAUCUCAACCUCAUACUUAUUUAUGAAUGAAUCACAAUCUAAUAAGAAUUUGAAUCACUGACGACCUGUUGCAAACAAUCUUAAUUUCCCCCUCUGAUGUUAUUGGUUAUCCACCUUAGCUUUGAAGCUCCCUUGGCUUGAUUGGCAGGUAUGCAUGGCCAAUGGGAAAAGCUCCAUAAAAGACCCCUGGAAAAAAUCUUUGGGGGUCAUCAUGCAUGAAAUGCGUCCAACACUGACAAUGCUGAGCAUUUAAAGUGUCUAAAAGGUUGUUGUGUGCGUUGAGUUGGACCCAGCGAAGGACAAUGCACUGAUCUGAUAGUUAAAACAGGAUCAAAGCUCCAGUGUUGGUGGAAAAGCACUUGUUAAGAACACGCCUCUGAUGAAAGGCAUGGUAGCUGCUCACUUAGCCAGCUGUGAAUACAGUUUGACAAAACUUGACAAACAUUGUGCCCCCUCCCUCUUAAAAAGUAGAACAAAAAGCCUAUUAGUCUGUUCAUGUAAUGCAUGUAAAGCAUGGAUCUGUGCUAAUACAAAAGAAAAUAUACGUUUAAAAAUAGUGUAAUUGGCACUUAAUGCACAGGUUUGCAUGGAUAAACUCCAACAGCACUUAGACUGAAUUCCCCUGAGAGGGGCGAUUCCUAGAGGGCCAAACUAUACCUGUGUAUAACUCACAUUAAUCUCUAAAUCCUUUCCAAGAAAUUCUUGAACUCCUGCUGUACAUUUGGCUCUUAUUAUAAAUAUGCCAAUGCUUUCUAAAAAUUUGAAUAAUUUAAAGUCUUUGAGAAUGUCCCAUUUUCAGCCUGUUCUUAUCUACUGAGGUGCAUGCCAUUUAAGGUAUAUUUAUUUCAUUUUAUUUGAUUUUUCUUGUUUUGUUUUUUUCUUGUUUAUCGUCACGUGGUUAACGGCUCCCCCUGUCCGAAAAAGUCCUCCUUCUUGCAACUGAGUCUCACUGCUGUUCUUAAAAACCUCAUACUAUAUUAUAUACGUAAAGUAUAUAUCUAUUUAUAUACAUAUAUAUAUUAACAAAUACUCACAUAAUGAAUGUAGUGAACAGAAAUGAAUAUCUCAAACUUACAAAACCAGAACAGUCGUCUGCAAAAAAGAUUGCACUGUUCAUUUUUUAACUGACUGUUGUUUUUAUUCUUUUGCUUUUAGUUUCACUUUACGCUGCUUGCAUUGGAAACGCAGUCGUUUUCUGACGCGGGCGUGCGACAGUAGCCUUCAGUACUGUAAAUGUCUCAGGAUCGAGCCAAUGGGAUGGGCAGCAAUAUUUGUCAGUCGGAAAAUGGCGCAGACUUAACUACCUGUACUAAACGUAUAUACAAGGGCUGCAUGAUUAAUGGUUAAAGAAAAUCACGAUCUAGAUUUAGGCUUCUACGCACUCUCACCUCUAAGGGUAAAUGAUUCUGCCGUAUCAGCUUUGGAGAGCACACACAAAUGCACUUCAAGGCUGACAGAUCUCUUCCUGCACCUACCACUUUGCUUUCAGACAACCAAACAUAUUAGCCACAAAGCUAUCCGUGUGGUCAGGCUGGGUUACUGCAGAGAGUGUCCAAUUUUCCCGAUUUUGGUCCCGGUUGUGUGGGAGGCGGCACAAGCCUCACCUGCAGCUUUUCUAACAUGCACUAAUUUUACUGUAAAUGUAUGUUAGCGCUACCAGAGAUAUUCAGAGUUUUUCAUGCUAUUAUACAGCUUAGGCGCAGCACCUUAGCGUUUUUGUGCCGUGCCUCAGCCGUGUGAACAUGAAAACCAUGUGGAGAGCGUCCGUAUGAGUUGACGCACAGGAUGGGACUGCCAGCUAUCGAGCUAGCUAGACUUUUGUCGACUAGUCACCCAGACGUCUUAAACCAAUCACUGUAUGUACUGGUAAAAUGGUGUAAAUCUAACUGAAGGGGAAGUACAUUAGCACACUAGCUCUACAAGUAGAAAGCACUAACGUCACAUAAUAUCACUGACAAGAUCAUUUACAAGUCAUUCCGUUAGACCGUCAUUUGGAGUUGGCUGUUAAUAAUACACGAGGAUAAGCACUGAUAAAACUACGUUCAUCACACUAACUGAGUGCCAAAUGGCUUGGUAGUUCACUAACAGAUACAAAAAGAUUGUUACUUAAGUACUAUGCCUGUGUUAUAAAUGUUUAUUUUCUAUACACUGUGAAUCUGUAACAUGCAAGUGUUUCUGUCGUAAGCAUCUCUGUGAUCGUCAUCAGUUUAUUGGCCUCAAGCAGUGGAAAAUAUAUCAGUAACACAACAAUAGUAGUUAAAAACAUAUUAUUGCGUUUGUUUGUGAACAAACCUGAUGCAGUUUACCUGCCCUUCCUGUUGGAUCGGGGCGAGAGCAUCAGCUGGUUCAGGUAUGCUAAAGCACAGGUAACUGGAAAACAUGCAGGGGGGGUGUCUGGAUGUAGGGACCCAGGGUCCAGGCUAUUAGUACUAUUAGCAUUAGCAAGCUCUUUUUUGUGAAACAAUUAGUGAACUAUUCAUCGUGACUUUUUAAAUUUCUGUAUACGUGUAGUUUUACAGGGCAGACAGUGCCAGGAAAAUUAAAUGUUCAGACGAAGGCUGUGAUACGUGUAAAUACUAAAAUAAUUAACUAUAGCAAGUUUUGUCUUCAAGCUUUUUGGGCGUCACACGCAGUAAUAAUGGGGGACGGCCCCCAAACCCGUUAAUAAAUUUGUAAUGUUGUUUAAUAUGAGUCCAUAUGCUUGCUUUGUUUCUUUGUAGGACAAGUUUUACAGACACGAAAUGCAAUAGUGCAAAAAGCAAUAAUUUGUUUCGGUUACAAAAGAUUUCAGUCCUUUCAAAAAAAUCGUGGUUCUCAUUUUAUCAAGAAUCAUGCAGCCCUGGUAUAUACUUAUACAAUCUAUAUGUCGACUUGGUCAGCAGAGACCAAGUGCUAUACCUCAAUCUCAGAAUAAUGACUCCUUUCUGUGCCUCGUACUUUUAUGUAUACCUUACCUGGGAGCCUGGCGAAGGGAUAGCCGAUACUCUGGGAAAUAUAGUAUCCUCUGCUCUUUCUUUUCUUUUAUUAUCUGUUAGUUUUUCUUUUCAUUGUUUCGCCUCCCUCUUGCAAAGGGAGGAGGGAGACGCUUCAAGUGUCUGACUGACCAAUAUUUGCCACCCUACCUCUUUUCAGGUAUUUUUUUUCGCAACAACAAAACCUUGUAGAAGUAGAUAAUGGGCAACAGAUUGAGGAAAAAGACCCACAGGGACUAUUGAGCUAUUCCUUUUCUUAGCACUGGAUGGGGUUGAUAUGGGAAGGCUACAAACCUCUCAUUUCUUCCUCUAAAAGGCAAAACAUUUUUUGGAUUCAUUCGUCUGGUUUCACCCUGGAGGCGAUAAGUCAGGUUGGUCCCACCCUGGUCUGAGAAAGAACAAGGUGUUUUUGUUCACUGAGGGGUUUCUUUUUGGUUUAUUGUGUGUUUUUAGGUGUAAUAUAACUCCAGGUUGAAACUUGACUAGUGGUAUUUCUUUUUAAAAAAAUUUAUGCCUUUUUUUUUUUUUUUUUUUAAUUUCUCGCACUCAGAGAAAUCAGAGACCCAGAGGGGAGAUUGGGGGACAGGUGGACAUGUUAACCUUCCUUUAUCUGCUGUCUUGUAAAAGAAAAAUAUAUCCAAAAUCUUUUACAUUGCAUUCCAAAAACAACACCACACACCUAGGAAAAUGUACCUUUAUAUGAUGAAAAUGAAAAAAGCUAUAUACUUAUGAAUAUAUAUGUAUUUAUUUUACUGUUUUUGCAUCUUCAGGUAAACCAAUCGAUUUUCUUUUACUUUUCAGGUUGGUUUUUUAUUUGAUUUGAUUUUUUUUCCUUCUGAGUGAAAGACUGUCAAAAACACGAUAAAAGAAGAAAAAAAAAAGUCGAACAUCAACUACUGUAACCUCACUUAGUAGACACCACAUGACGUGCCAUUUUGUUUCAGGAUGGUGUGUGGUGCCACGGGCUACCAGGAAAGAAAGACCCAUAAUGUAUAUGAUUGCCAUGCUCCUCUCUGCUGAGAGGUUUCUUCUGUUUCUUUUUCUGUCACGCUGCAUAUCUGGUUGUCAUUUAUACCUCAGGUCCGACCACUUCAAAGCAGCUGAUUGUACAAUAGAAACACACACAAAGAAGAAUCAGGAUUUUUAGUACGGCUCGUUUCCAGAUUUUUAGAUGUAACUGACGGAAGCAGUUUUUGAAUAAUUGUUGUUUCUUGUCGUCCUUCGUACUGUUAUUCUGAUGGCAUCUUCUUUUCCUUUCUUUGUUUUCUUAUAAAAAAGAAAAGACUAAUUCUUUAAAAGCCAGAAGCCAGGUUUCUGUGAAUACAACGCUGUAUUCUCUCUAGCACAUACAGCCAUGGAAGAGCAGACGCACACGCACACACACACACAUAUAGAGACAUGACGCACCUAUAGCAACACACACUCUCCCUCCUCAUCAGGUAGCCACACUUUGUGUAGGCGGGUUAUAUGUAUAAUUAUGAAGCUGGGAGUCUGCCGUUUCUCUUUUAGAAGCAGGUGGGUGUGUUUUGUCCACAGCCUGCAGAACAUCAGCCCUGCUGGCUGAUUUUGAUCUGGUACACUGGGACACUGCAGGCACUGCCUCUGUGAAAAUCACUGUUUUGUUUGUUGCUUUCAACAAAGACUGCUUCUCUUUUCUUUUUUUCAAAUCAACCUCCCGACCUUCCUGUUACAGGAAGAAAAAAAAUUCCUCCAUUCAGUCGUUCUUUUCUGUGUGACCAGUGUGUGAUGCUGCGUACAUUCCUGCAGUUAUUUUGUGGCAAUUUAACUUUCUCUUCUUACAUAUUUUCCUUUGACCUGCCUCACCUAUUUAUGCUGCCGUUUUAUUUGAGCUAACAAUGUGGGGAAAACUUUGACACCUGAGAUAUUUCGUCUGGCCGCUCAAAAGCACAAACUCUUGAUGUUAAAUGUACUGCAACCACCAUUUAAAACAAUGCAAGAAAUUGAAUUUAGAGGUGUUGUAAAUUUACAGUCUUGUUGGCAGCCAUGUCCUUUUGACAAAACAUGGUUUAAUUCAUAUUUCAAAAUUUCAUUGAAGGACAUUUUCUUUAUUUUCUAGUUUGAAGAAUGAAAUACAGCAUUAUGCAUCUUCUAGUUAAGGGACUGUUCUUUACUUGUCAGAGUAGGGGGGUGAAUAUUUUUCCUUGAGCCUCCCUGAGUGACUCUGAAAAAUGCACAACCCUUCCCCUACAAUAAAUUAGUUAUUAGAUUUUUAAAACUUACCCUUUGGUAUUUUAAAAGUUAAAAGUUGAAGACGAAAUCCUGGAGUUAGUUUGUGCAAAUGGUUUAGUUUCGGCCAAAUUUUAAAUGAGACGUAGAUUAAAGGGAUUUUGACGAAAUAUCACCAUUUUAAGUGUAGAUUUGAUCGUGGAUAUUUUUCUGACAGAAGAGUUUGUAACACAUAAUGUGUUCAAGGACCAUUGGAAAUUUAAAAGUCAAAUGAGAAUCUCUGUUUUCACAGUACCUGGCUAUGAUAAAUAGCGUAAUCUUGGUGAUUUUUAAUUAAAAUAUUCAUGUUUUCUUUAAAAAUCUAGGAGAAAAUAAUUCCAAAUUACGAGCAUUUAAAGUUGUAUAUCCCAAAUAAACAUAAGUUCCUAGAGCUUAAAAAAAUUAUUUGACAUGCCCCCCCCCCUUACACCACCCCUCUCUGCCUCAUAAGUAAUGAACAGUCCCUAAGAAAGACACUGCUCCCACAUUGUGUCUUGUUGCUGCAUUGCAUGCUGGUCUACUGAGGCUGCUGUUGCUUUAGAAAAUAAAGACCUAAUCUCCUAAAGACACAAGCAAAAGUACAAGCUACAAAAUAAAUGCAGGAAUAAAAAGAACACCACCAGUAGCUAUAUAUACUGGGUCAGGUUCCCCAUCCAGAGUCUUGAACUCAAGUUGCUUUUCAGUAAAUUGUCAAGGAGUAGGCUUAAAUCCCCCUCUGAGAAACUGCCUGGUGUGUUUGUGGAUGGAUUUUUCUUCUAACUGCAUAUUCAAGAAGACCGUUUCUGCCUUGCAACAAGAUCCAUCUUCCUCUGAGUGCAGUUUUAAAGAUAAUAAUCAGCGCAUCUACUGACAGUUACAAUUUGCCUUGUGUGUCAUAAGCUUUGCCAUGCUGUUGUUUUUCCCCCAGACGUUUGUCAAAGCGGCGCUAACAGAUCUGUUCAAAUGUGCAUCUCUUUUGGAGUGCGAUGCCAAGUGUUGUAAAUGUCAAAGCAUUUGUGAGGAUGUGACAAGCAGUCGCUCAGUAGCAGUCUGGCUUUGAAAGCCGAGUACGGAUCUUAAAGGCCAGACACGCCCCUGGAAAGAUGCUCAUCUGCGGCAAUCAACACAACACACACCUUCACUCCCUUUGGUUAGAAUUUACAAAACAAGAAAUUUGGAGAAAGUGUAAAUUGUGGACACCCGGAGCGCAAAAAUUUGACAAAUGUAGAAGUUAGUCACGUCAGACGGUGAUGGUUUGAACCAUAAUUUCAUGUUACAACUCAGAUAAGGUUACCUAUUAGUCCAAACUGUCUGAAAACAAGAUCAGGAUUUUGAUAACUACACCCUGAAUAUGGUGUUUACAGUAUUUCCUUACGUGAGUGUUUUUUUACAGCCAGAUUUUGAAUAUUUUUAUGGGCUGAAUGUGUUUUCAAUUGGUAAUUGCAGCUUUUAUGCAGAACUGCUGAUUUCCAAAUUCCCGUCUAUGCUCAAUAAUCUACUACAUGGACCACACUCAACUUCUUAUUCGCAUUCAAUCUGAUGGUGCCGCCACGAAUAGGUGAUUAUAUAUUUGUUGUUCUUCAAUCAGUGGAAUCAAGAGUGCCUUUUGAAGACUCUAAUCACAAUCUCAAAUCUAAUCGUGAAGGGUUGGUUUCUUAAUCACGUAUAAUCUAACCACCCUAGUGAAAUCACAGAGCGGUUGCUUCGAGAGCAACAUUUUCCUGUCGAGGCAAAAAUGUCACGUGAGAUUCAGGUCAAAUUUGUCGGCUUAAAUUCCCAGCCCCCCCCUGCUCUGUGAUUAUGUAGCUCUGUGAAAGGCUCGCAGCAGACAUUUUCUCACACUGGCUGUUCUCGCCUCCGACGAGCCUGCGGUGCUGGCGUGCGUCUCACCCCUCCGCCUCGGCAGAAAGCCUUCUUACAGAUGGCAGUCAGAUAGACAUGGCAGUCUGAGGAGGUGGAUGGUAGUGCGAGGAUGAAAUCUAAGUGAAGUACAGCAGAAUAAAGGCCGCUGAAGGUCGCCAUCCCCACCCCCACGCCACAGUUAAACAACAGGCUUUUAAUGGAACGAUGCUGAAAUACACUUCACGAGCGAACGUUACUUCGGCACGUUGCGUCUACGAUUAAAAGGAGCCACAGUUAGUCUGAAACUCAACUUAGAGAUAGAAAGGGGAUCAUUAGAGACAAAAUAUCGACCUGAUGUGCAGAAAUUUAGAAAUUCAAACACGGCUGUGCAAAAGAAAUCUGGUCAAAAUGCUCUGUGAUAGAGUGCAUUUCAUGAGGUGCCCUUGUGUGUUGCCAUGACAAUCUUGCAGCAUUGUUCCCAUGUGGAGGUGUGUCUGGCCCUUUAGAGCCACCUACAUGGACCAGCUGGUCUCUGUUGCUCUGAACUCAAACCCAGCUCUACUGAUACUCCUGCAUUCACUCACGAACAUGGAGGUUUCGAGUUAAGUUCGGAGAUUUAGCAGAGCUGAUGCAGUCUUGUUGCAGAAAAUACAUAACGUGUAGAUGCUGCUUAAAGUGUUGAUUCUUCGGGUUUUGUCUAGCGCUUCUUUGUUUCAAAGGAAAUGCUGUUGACAGAUGAUUUUACAAAAUCUUUGUCCAACACUGGUGAACAAAUAUUUACCACAAUAUGUCUGUUAUCCUCUUGUCGUGUCCUCUUUACCUUCGUUAAACUUCCAGCAAGAUUCUUUAUUUGUCCAUGUGAGAGCAUCUGAGAGCAUGUAUUUGUCCUUCUCCUUGCUCGUCUCUGAGAUGCUCUCUGUUGUUUCUGCUACCUCAGUCUGUCACAUGGACUUGCCUGUAGGGAUCUUUUCAGGUGCCGACUGCUAAACUAAAGCGUAGUCCGUUUUUGCUGGUGAAGAAGCAUUUCAUAGCAUCUCUAGGCCUUUUAAAGUUUUGAGGUGAGGUCGGCUGUGGUUUGAGCAAAGUCCGCUGAUUGUUUGCCAACUACUGAGAUCUCAUCUUCUUGUUAUUCCUCUCAGAAAUGUGUCAGGUCUUGAUUGUCCUGUCACUCAAAAGUGUGAGGUUUCUGGAGAUACGCCGCGAUGCUGCUGCACUGCUGUAGGUGGCUGGGUAGGGCCACACAUCUCCUUCCAUACCUCUGUAAACGUUUGAUUUUAUUGUCACUUUCUUUGAUGAAAAGUCAUAAACCCCUUCCUUCCCCUUCACCUCUGCGCCCUAACUAUUCGUCAUCCUCUCGGCAUCCUUGGGCAGUGGAGCGUGAGCACCUUGGGGCUGACAGGCCCUCGUUUAUCCCAGGAGAGAUGGGGUGUUCCUGGGCAGCCCCAGGUCCUUCACCUCUCAUCAGGCCUUUUCAUAAACCUCACCACCGCCUCUUGGGAUUGUCUACACGACCCAGAGGCCUCAGAACACAGUCUUCCCUUUUCUUUUUCUUUUUUCUUUUUUCACAGAGGCUUUGCCGUGCUUCCCUCUGACGAGGAACUUGCAGAUUUAGAUUUUUUUAAAGACAGGGCUUGUGGUUCUUUCAGCAACAAGGGGGAUCAUUAUCCUCUGCAAUAUUGAGAACUGUUUCGAGAGAAAAUAAACAACAACACACUAACAUACUACAUACAUACAGUGUGUUUGGCAGUCGGUUAAUGUUUCAGUCUUGGUGAAAAUUUCAUGAACUCUCUCAACUAAAGAGACUUAAUAUUUUAAAGGUUUGGCCGUUAAUGUUGUAUGAUGUCUCUGAUCUCUUGUUUUGAUGUUUCAGGGUAACGGGCUCGUGCUUGACUUUAAGUUUCUGUAUUUAAAAACAGAAAAAUAGAAAAAAAAAAUUUGUCUAAUGAGCGGGGUUGUGUUUUGUUGAAUUGCCAGUGCUUUGCUGUGAUCCUCUUGUAGCUUCUUUUUGCAGUCUUUCGAGUUCUGACGUCUUCUACAUUUGAACUUUGGUGUCUUUGACGACCACGUACCUUCUCUGUUACUUAUCAGUUGUGAAGUCUACACUACAUGCAGAUAACCACACCAGCCAGUGUAUUUAUAGUCGAGCUGAGGAGCAACACUGGCUUGUGAGCACGAUCGAUAGUCAGGUCAGACAGACCGGAACUUGAUGAGCGGGUAUCGGAGUUCAGUCUUCAGCCAGGAAGUUUGGCAGUACAGAAGAUUAAAUGUCAUGCAGAUGAUUCCCACUGCCAAAACAGAAACUAUUCAGAAACUCCUUCAUGGAACACCUCAAACGCAUCUGGCGGACGUUGACUCGUGAAAGCCAGAACAUCACUUAAAAGGGUCUUUGAAAAGCCUUUUUUUUUUAUUAUUUUUGACUGAUUCUGUACAUUAUUUUCAGCCAAAUACUUUUUUCAGUGCUUUAUAAAACAGCAAGGAUUGUAAAUAUGAUUAACUCUUAGCAAGGGAAGGCUCAUGCAGAGCUCACUUAACGAUCCACCUCGUUGGUCCUCUGGAGAUCUAACCUACAAGACUUGGACUGUUGCCUUCCCAAAUGUCAAAAUUAAGAAAAGCUGCUCGCAGAAACAAGAAAACGAGCGUUUUGACUGAACAUGCGUUUGGGAAAGUAACGCUGAGUGUUUGUUCUUUCUUUCAGUCUUUGAUAAUGUUUUCCAUCUUGGUGUUUCUUGGUGUGCAAAAAUGUAAAGAAGAAGAAAAAAAAAAACUUACAACACAGAAUACCUCAGAAAAGAAAUCCAUGUAACCUUGACAGCCUCCACAUAUUGUCAGAUCCUGACCAUCAACACUCAUCUCCCGGGCACUUUCAUCUCCUGUCCUUUGUCUUUGUUUCCCCUCUUGCUUCUUUUGCCAUGCAGUGCGUAGCACCCAGUGGAGGUUCCAUAGCUUUUUAUACCGCUUUGGUUUCACAUCCUCAUAUGUGUUCUGUCUUUUGAUUUGUGAACAUCCUUGGUCUCGAACCUUUCGCAGCCCACUUUGCGUUCCUCAUUUAAAGACGCAAAGAAGGUCGUUUUCAAGACAAUUCCAUGCAUCACAAUUUACAAACAGCUCGGAAAGAUCCGCUAAAGAUACUCUCAGAAUCCCUUCAAAAGGAGGGGUUGCACCAAAACAAACAAAUCCUCCCGUCUUGAUUUUAAAAGUGGGUUUGCUGAAAGACUGAAGGCCAAUACGUGGAACACUUGAAACCACACAGUCCCUACGUUGUUCCUUUUCCAUACCUCUUUAUCUACUUAUCUACUCUUUAUCGUUGUUAAAAACUGAAUGUAAAAAAAGGCAAACACAACUAACCUCUAAUUUAACUAUACAUAUUUAAGAAUAAGAAAUACUCUAUAUGUGCACAUAGAUAUACCUAUACAAGCCCAACACAGACACAAACACAAAUGCAUAUGUAUAUACAAAUCUCUAAUGUCAUAUACUUUUAUCUUGAAAAGGAAGAGGAUGAGCCUUUUCCAUUAAUGAUUCAGGGAAACAAUACAGAAGUCCAGUGCAGUAUGUUAGGUAAAAUCACUCCCACUCUGUUGCUUCUGGUGUUCGUUUUCUUACUCUGUUCUUGCUUGUUAUUUCCCCAUGAUGUAGCAUAGGACAAAGGGGCAGGGCGACUUGAGUUUUUUGUUAACAGAAGGAGAAGUAGUGGAACUAGGAUCUAGUGUAGUUGUAGUCUUUUCGAGCCUGAUUCUGUGAAAACGGGGGAGGGGGACGGGCGGGAGGGUUUUUUUUCUAAAGCGGACACUGUAAAGACAGUAUAUUUAUGAAGAUGACUUGGGCGCAAGAGUCACAGCGGGGGGUUUGAAGGGUUGGGGGGAGGGGGUCUUCAGGACAGUUGUACAUAGAACUGCUUUACCCAUCAACCCUUGCCUGUCUUUUUCACAGGUGAGGUGGAACUGUAUAUUGAAGGCACUGAGAAGCAACAGUUUGUGUGUUUUUAUGUCUAGAAAAGUAAAGACUGUUUUAAAUGAAGGAAGUGGAGGGGGGUGAUGAUCCUGUUCAGGUUCUCUACUGAACCCGACAGACAGUAAGUCGUUAGAAAACGCAUCUCCCUUGAGCUUUGCCGGGAGCGACGGACGGUUUCGUGAACGUUGACCCUCUCGAUAUUUUUGCAUGCUGGUGUACAUACCCCUGUAUCAGUCCUUUUGUUUGAAGAGGCUGGUUAAAUCCAAAAGCGCUUUUUGGAUGUUGUCCGCAGGACAGAUUCUGAUGUUUUGAAUAUGAAAUAUUGCCCCUAAGAAAAAAAAAUCCCUUUCCUGAGAAGAAGGAGCACCUAAGGUGUUUGUUUGUCACUGCAACAGCUUUCGUAGUGGUUUUUGGCUAAAGCUCUUUUUCAAUCAUUUUUUCCUUGUGUAAAGUAACAAAAAAGUAUGUAUGAGUGUGAAUCUGUGUGGCUGUGUAAGAAAUAAUGUGAAAAGCUUGCUCUUUUUGAUUUUCCUCAGUUUUUCUUCAACCAUAUUCUAGCCUCAGAGCUGUUUUUAGGAACAUUAAUCUACAUGUGCUCUUAUAGUAACUCAAUGGAACAGUGUACAAGUUUGAAUAAUUGCAUCUCUGAACGUAUCCUGGCUGUCUGUAGGAAAAGACGCCUCUCUCUGGGCGCCUCACAGCCCCAAAUUACAUCACCCACACACCCUCAGGGACCCCCGACAACACUGCUCUCACUCUUAUUCAGGUACUUAAUCUACACCGAGUCCUAGCAGUGAUCAACCUUAACUAUGGUUUAUUUUAUUAGCCUGUUCCUAUGAAGACAAAAAUUACCACCAAAAUCUUAAAUAAUUAGAAGCGUUUUUUCUUACCCACAGAGUUUUGCUAUUUUGUGUUCUAGCCAUGGGAUUUCUUCUCUCUUUCUAUCCUUUAGCUGUCUCUAUUUUUCGAUCUCUGAAUAUUUUUUAGUAUCUUAUGAAUGUCAAUCUUCUUCUCAGUUCAGGACUGCUGAGUCUUUGUUAGCACUCUGUUCUCUCUCUGACUUGUGUCAGGUGCCAUGGCUUUUACUCUGUGCCGAGCAUCGAUGCAUGCAUCUGGUAUUGUGUGGCUACAAAGCUCCAACGUAACAAUGACUUGCACCAAGCUAACCUCUUAAAAGAAACAUUUCAUACAAGUGCACAAAACAGUGGUUUGGCUUUAAAUAGUAUUUUAAGCCUCCACAAUCCUUCAUACACUAUGUUGGUUUAUGUUCAGGUAUUAAGUGCAAAGUUUUUUUUCUCUCCGUCGCUAUUGGAGUUAAACACAACACAGAGGAAUGUGACAGAUCUGCCUUCAGUUCUUCUUACGCUUCAGGGAAAACUUAGUAAGCCUCUCUCAACGCAACGUAAACCAGGAAAAUGUGGGAGCUCAGUUGAACGUUGUGUGAUCAAACUGGCAGAACUGUAGAGCUGUGAAGGAACAAGGAGAGACAAACUGGAGCAGCAAAAUCUGCUUUACAGUUUUCAGUGACAUUGUUCUCAUUUGUUCUGUGCCGUGAUUGGUGGAAACCUCUGCUGUAUGUUGCUAAGUGUCUGUGUUGCCGCACACAGCUUGGUCGAUGCCAUGGAUUUUGGAAGUCCUCUGACUUCAGAGUCUGUAUGUCACUAAGAACUAGUCAUGCAAAAGCAGUCAUGUAUUGGCCCGGUCGGGACAACAGGAGUGUAUUUUGCCUAAAUUUUGUACCUCUUACAACAAUCGAAUCAGUGACGUUUGGUGAGAACUGUGUAAAGACUCUUAAAAAAUAAGUUGUAUUUCAUGUUGUAAGAACUCUUAAGAUUACUUUUUACAUUCCUGAUGUCGGUUUUGGUAGUAACCUGAUUUUGUUGUGAUAGACAUAGCUCUGAUUGGGUUGGAAAUAUUUGGGUAGACGCAGGAAGUGUUGUCCAGGGGUUUGGACUCUAGUUUGGGUAGAACAACAAACCUCUUCUCUUCUUCUGUCUUGAUUUUUGUCCUGCUGAGGUUUCUAACGUUUCGUAAUCUCACCUCGGUUCUUAACGGGUGGCUGGACGCCCCGCUGCAGGGCCUGCUGGGCGUUUUCCUCUUUUCCGCUGAGAUUUUGUUUUUGGGUUUGACGAUAUACCUCAUUCCUUCAGUCCAGCGGGCCCUAGGGGGCGCUGUGCCAAUGCUCAGGACGCCCAAGCCCCCUUUCACGAUUUGGUCCCACUUGGACUGUACCUCUCACAAACACAUAUAAAUACGCAUACACCUACACACACACACACACACACACACACACACACACACACAGGUUCUCCAAAUACCCCCAAUGGACCUCAUUUUUUCAAUAUCUACUGUUUACAGUUUGACAAAAAAAUUGUAUAAUUUAAAAAAUAUUUUUCUCAUAUUGUAGUUUUAUUUAUGUACAAUAAUUUUUUUGUUUUCGUUCUUAUUUUGUACCUUGUGAGUUGGACUUUUAUUCUUCUAGGCUUAUAUUAUCGAUGUCUGUAAAUGAGCACUUAACAAGGAUCACAAUAAUUGGUUUUAGUUUGAUUGACUGCACUAUUUUAUUUUUCUCUUUCUCUCCCUGUUUUGAAUGCUAAAUCUGAUUUUCUGAUUGGGCUGAUAAAUAAUAAAUUGUCUCAUAAUGUCUGUGAUUUUUUUGACAAAAAGAUGAAAGAUGAUGAUUUGAUUUCCUACUCUUUUUUUUUUUUAAAACUUCGUUUUGCAUUGAACGUCAGGCGACGCUGAUUAGAUCUGUCUUUGUGCAUGUGUAAAAUAUUUUACUGGUUAUGUUAUAUUCAAUUUGGUAAAAAAGAAAAUUGCCAUUUUUGCCACACAUUUCAGCUGUAAUGUUGUGUAAGGUAGUAUUCACUGGAUGCUAGAACCUUCUUUUCAAAACCACUAUUCUUCUAAUAAAUUUUGUUGUGAAA